AUGCCGGGCCUCAUCCCGUUUCUGCCCACGCCGCCGCUGCCGCAGCCGACUCGAACCGCCUCUUCGUCCAUAGCUCGACCGGUGAAUAACUUCCUCAGCGCAGACCGGGGUCCUGCGCGAGGCAGCAGCAGUCAGGCACCCAUCGAGCUCGAUAGCGAUUCAGAACCCACUCCGGGGCCCCAAUCCGCCACCACCAACCCAUCUACAACCACAACUGCUUCCACCACCGAACUGUCACAACCACAGCCACAGACCAACAUCCCCUGGGACCUCUGGAACUGGGCUGCCUUGACUCCCGACAGCACACAGCAACCACAACAGGCCCUGCCUUCCUUUUCUGACUUUGCCGCCAACCUGGAUCUCGACACUCUUGACGCGACUCUGCUCAGCGCCGCCGCCCCGCAUACACCUGCCCGCGAACCGAACAGCGACGACUUCCUCUCUGCACUGGUUGACGGAAACUUCUCCUCGCCAUCCUCCUACCCGCAGUCGGCUCAAGCGUCCUCGGGCAAUAGGUCCUCCAACGGCGCAAGCACCCAGAACCAUCUCGGCUCACUACGACCGAACCGACCUGCUCCAACAUUACCCAACACCGUAUCUACCGCGGCAGGCCCUCGACGAUCGACACCACGUCCCAGCGUCUUCGACGACAACGAUAUUGAGGAAUCCCUAUUUGUGAGCUCGGACAACGAACCGGAAGACAUCAUGCCUGUCCAGACGCGCCGGAGGGCGUCCACAAUCAUCAGCUCGGACAACGACCCGGAUGAGGUCGUGCCGACCGCCACCACUCGUAAAAGGGCCGCACCUUCCUCAACGGCAGCAAGAGGGGCGCCGACCUCCACCAAGAGACGCCGAACUUCACAGACAUCUGCCACACGUGCGCGCACAACAUCAACCGCCCCACGAGCGACACCUACGAAGAUUGAGGACGACGAUGACAUCUUUGGCGACAAGGAGUUCGAGAAGGGCAAGGGCAAAGAAGAGAAGGACGAGGACGCCAUCGACCUUGUGGCCUCUAACGAGGUGCCGCAAGAGCUGCUGGUUCCCAAGGAGGACAAGAGGAUAAAGCUGUCCGCGUUUACAUGCGUCAUCUGCAUGGACGAUGUCACUGCUCUGACGGUCACGCAUUGUGGCCAUCUCUUCUGCUCUGAAUGCCUACACUCAGCUCUAAACGUGGACGCCACCAAGAACAAAUGCCCCAUAUGCAGGCAGAAAGUCGAGACCAAAGACCGCAGCGACUACACCUCAAAAACGAAAGGGUUCUGGCCUUUAGAGCUGAAACUCAUGACAGCAAGCCGAAAGGGCAAGCAAAAGGCGUGA